AUGCCUCAGACCCGAAGAAGUUUCGGAGCCCUCCGCACGCGUGCGAUGGAAACGAUCAAACGACGUGAGGCAGAAUUCGCUCGUGUUCGUCGUGAAUUGGAUGAGUUGCGUGAGGCACAUGAUGAGACUGUGAACAAUUUGCGACGACGUCAUCAGACUACUGUGACGGAAAUGAGUUCGGAGAUUGAAGGGUUGCAACGAGCCAAGGCCAAAUCCGAAAAAGAACGCACCGAAAUGACGCGACAGUUGGAAUUGGCAUUCACGGAAACAGAGGAGGCCAAUAAACAGAAGUCUGCAGCACAAGGCAAACUGGAGGCUAUUGAGGCACAGAUCGUACGACUUCGAGCCACCAAUGAGGACUCACAAAAGCGCAUCUCGGAACUGAAUCAACAGAACGCGCAAAUGGUCGCGGAAAUGGCAGAGCACUCCCGAGUGAUAGAAAAAUUGAACUCCCAGUUGGCGAAUACCCAACGGGCCCAAGCGCAGGCCGAAUCGAUGGUGGACGACCAGAAACGUUUGUUGGAGGAAGAAGUGAAGUCACGCACUCAGGCCCAGAGCAAGCUGAAUUCACUCCAACAAGAAUUGGAAAUGUCCAAUCAACGAGCGGACGAGGAGGCAGACUCGGCGACCAAAUUGCAAGGUCAAGUUUCGCGACUCACUGCAGAGGUGGCCCAGAAUCGAUCUAAAUUUGAGCGAGAGUUGAAUGAGAAAGUGGAAGAAUUGGAAGAGCUGAGGCGUCGAAUGAACACACGGGUCUCCGAACUGACGGAGGCACAAGAACUCGAGCACAGUCGUGUGCUCAGUCUGGAACGAACCAAAAAUCAAUUGACUGGGCAAAUUCAAGAAUUACAAAGCCAAUUAGACUCGCUCUAUGCCCAGUGCGCAGAGCAGAAUCAAGAACUGAAAUCCUUAGAGGCGCAACGCAACGAGUUUCAGCAAUUGUUGGAAGAAUCUCAGAAUGAGGAAAGUAACCUACGCUCCAAACUGGGCGUGGUCCAACGCGAAUUGACCCAGGUCAAAGCGACUCGAGCAGAUUUGGAAGAACGAAUGAUUGCGGCCGAAAAAGAGGCACGUCAAAAUGCGGGUAAGUCUGGGGAGUCACGGAGAUAA